GUCACGCCAAACUGGGCGGAGAAUCCACUGGCCUCUCUCCUUCGCUCGUCUGGGCGGUGGCGGCAACUGGGGACGGGGCGGGUGGCGCAUCACGGGCGCAGAGGCAGGAGGAGCAGUCUCAUUGUUCCGGGAGCCGUCGCCACUGCAGGUCUCUGGGCUCGUUCGGCCCUGUCCCUCUCAGUCCUCCCCAACCCCCACAACCGCCCGCGGCUCUGAGGAGAAGCGUCCUGUGGAGACAGCUGCAGCAUCAUCUCCGACCCGCCAGCCAUGGAAGACAUGGACCAGUCGCCUCUGGUCUCCUCGUCCUCGGACAGCCCGCCCGGGCCCCAGCCCCCGUUCAAGUACCAAUUCGUGAGGGAGCCCGAGGACGAGGAGGAAGAAGAGGAGGAAGACGAGGAGGACGAAGACGAGGACUUGGAGGAGCUGGAGGUGCUGGAGAGGAAGCCCGCCACGGGGCUGUCUGCAGCCCCGGUGCCCACCGCCCCCGUCGCUGGCGCGCCCCUGCUGGACUUCCGCAGAGGCUCUUCAGGCUCAGUGGAUGAGACACUUUUUGCUCUUCCUGCUGCAUCUGAGCCUGUGAUACACUCCUCUGCAGAAAAAAUAAUGGACUUGAAGGAGCAGCCAGGUAACACUGUUUCCACUGGUCAAGAGGAUUUUCCAUCUGUCCUGCUUGAAACUGCUGCUUCUCUUCCUUCUCUGUCUCCCCUCUCAGCUGCUUCUUUUAAAGAACAUGAAUAUCUUGGUAAUUUACCAGUAUUAGUCACUGAAGGAACACUUCAAGAAACCUCAACUGAAGCUUCUAAAGAGUUCACAGAGAAGGCAAAAAAUCCAUUUGUAGACAGAGAUUUAACAGAGUUUUCACACUUGGAGUACUCAGAAAUGAGAUUAUCAUUCAGUGGCUCUCCAAAAGCAGAAUCUGCCAUAACAGUAGCAAGUCCUAGGGAAGAGAAUAAAGAUGAACAAGAGGAUUUAGUUAGUAAUGACAUCCUUCGUAAUCCACAAGAGUUACCCAUAGCCCUUACUAAUAAAUCAGUUAAAGAAGAGGACAAAGUUAUGUCUCCAGAACAAACAAAGGACAGUUUCAGUGAAAAGGGAAUUGCAGCAGAAGCUCCUAUGAGGGAAGAAUAUGCAGACUUCAAACCAUUUGAGCGAGUCUGGGAUGUGAAAGAUACUCAUAAGCAAGAUAGUGAUGUAUUGGCUGCUGGAGGUAAUAUAGAGAGCAAGUUAGAGAGUAAAAUGGAUAAGAAAUGUUUUGCGGAUAGCCCUGAGCAAACAAAUGAUGAAAAAGACAGUGCAAGCAGUAAUGAUGAUACUUCUUUCCCCAGUACACCGGAAGCUGUAAGAGACCGUUCAGGAGCGUAUAUCACGUGUGCCCCCUUUAACCCGACAGCAGCCGAAAACCUUUCGACAAACAUUUUUCCUUUGUUGGAAGAUCAUACUUCAGAAAAUAAGACAGAUGAGAAAAAGAUAGAAGAAAAAAAGGCCCAAAUUGUAACAGAGAAGAAUUUUAGUACCAAAACAUCAAACCCUUUCCUCGUAGCCACACAGGAUUCUGAGACUGAUUAUGUCACAACAGACAAUUUGUCAAAGGUGACUGAGGAAGGAGUGGCAACCAUGGCUGAGGGUCUAACCCCAGAUUUAGUACAGGAAGCGUGUGAGAGUGAAUUGAAUGAGGCUACAGGUACAAAGAUUGCUUUUGAAACAAAAAUGGACUUGGUUCAGACAUCAGAAGCUAUGCAGGAGUCGCUGUACCCUGUGGCGGCACAGCUUUGCCCAUCUUUUGAAGAAUCUGAAGCUACUCCCUCACCAGUGUUGCCUGACAUUGUUAUGGAAGCACCAUUAAAUGCUGUAGUUCCUGGAGCUGGUGCUUCUGCGGUGCAGCCCAGCUCACCACAAUUAGAAGCUCCUCCUUCAGUUAGUUAUGAAAGCAUAAAACUUGAGCCUGAAAAUCCCCCACCAUAUGAAGAGGCCAUGAAUGUAUCCCUAAAAAAUGUAUCAGGAAUAAAGGAAGAAGUGAAAGAGCCUGAAAGUAUUAAUGUAGCUGUUCAAGAAACAGAAGCUCCUUAUAUAUCUAUUGCAUGUGAUUUAAUUCAGGAAACGAAACUCUCUACUGAACCAUCUUCAGAUUUCUCUGAUUACUCAGAAAUAGCAAAAGUUGCACAGUCAGUGGCUGAUCAUUCUGAGUUAGUUGAGGAUUCCUCACCUGAUUCUGAACCAGUGGACUUAUUUAGUGAUGAUUCAAUACCUGAAGUUCCACAAAAACAAGAUGAAGCUGUGAUACUUGUGAACGAAAAUCUCACGGAAACUUCUUCUCAGUGGAUAAUAGAACAUGAAAAUAAGGAAAAACUCAGUGCUUCACUACCACCUGAGGGGGGAAAGCCAUAUUUGGAAUCUUUUCAGCCCAAUUUAGAUACCACAAGAGAUACCUUAUCACCUGAUGAAGUUUCAACAUUGACCCAAAAGGAGAAAAUUCCUUGGCAGAUGAAGGAGCUCAGUACUGCAGUUUAUUCAGAUGAUGGCUUAUUUAUUGCUAAGGAAGCAAAAGUAAGGGAGAGUGAAACAUUCUCAGAUUCAUCUCCAAUUGAGAUUAUAGAUGAGUUCCCUACAUUUGUCAGUUCUAAAACUGAUUCUUCUCCCAAAUUAACCGGGGAAUACACUGAUCUAGAAGUAUCCCACAAAAGUGAGAUUGCUAAUGUCCAGGAUGAAGCUGGGUCAUUACCUUGCUCAGAGUUACCUCACGACCUUUCUUUCAAGAAUGUACAACCUAAAGAUGAAGAUAAAGUCCAUGUCCCAGAUGAACUCUCCAAAGAUAGGUCUGAUAUCUCGAAGGUGCCAUUACUGCCUCCAGAUGUUUCUGCUCUGGCCACUCAAACAGAAAUAGGCAGUAUAGUCAAACCCACAGUUCUUGUGAAAGAAGCUGAGAAAAAAACCCCUUCUGAUACAGAGCGAGAGAACAGAUCACCAUCUGCUAUAUUUUCAGCAGAGCUGAGUAAAACUUCAGUGGUUGACCUCCUCUACUGGAGAGACAUGAAGAAGACGGGAGUAGUGUUUGGCGCCAGCUUAUUCCUGCUGCUCUCACUGACAGUAUUCAGCAUUGUGAGUGUAACGGCCUACAUUGUCUUGGCCCUGCUCUCUGUGACUAUCAGCUUUAGGAUAUAUAAGGGUGUGAUCCAAGCUAUCCAGAAAUCAGAUGAAGGCCACCCAUUCAGGUGAGAUGUCUGGAAAACAAGGCACACACUGGCAACA